AUGGAUGAACACAGAAGAUCAACCUCUCUCACAAAUAGACUGUCUAUUCCCCUGAAUAUCCCACAAACUACAAAACCCACACAAGAUAAAAUUCUGUCUUUGCCAUCACCACAAACCACACAAGUAGAAAUUCCUGAACAUCAAAAUCCUGAAAAUCCUCUCCCAAUCCAGUUAGAAAACUCUCAUACUGAUGAAACUAGGUCUGAACCUCAAUCUGAACCAAAUCCUGAAACAACACCUACCAUCCCCAUUGAUGAUUCUCCACUAGAUUUUGAGUUUGAAACAGGAAAUCCUCCAGAAUUACUAGUUGCAGAACAAACUGAUGAAGAAGACAAUCUGACAUUGUCUCAAGUGAAGAAGAACCAAGCAAAGGCAAAAGGAAAGAAGAAGAUUCAAGAAGAACAUGUGGACAAAAAUCCUGUGGCAAAAAUUCAAGUUUUUCCCGCCCUUGUCACCAGGCGAAAAACCAGGUCAUCCACAACACAACAGGAGAAGGAAACCCCCUCACCAACACGAAAAACCAAGAGAAAACAGCCAAUUGCUGAACAACCUGUCCCUGUGGAAACCACUGCUAGUAAGAAGAGAAAGAAGAACACCACUCAAACUCAGCAACCUGAAAGCCAGCCGGAUGUCUCUGCCGUAACACCCCUUGAAGUAAUCACCCCUCAAUUCCUAUCUGAUGAGUAUGCUGCAAGAUGGGACUCAACAAACAAAAGGAAAAUCCUAAGCGAAAGGAGGCCGGCUCACAUUUAUGGACGUGUUUGGCUGAGAGGAAACGAAUACAACUUUGACACACGUACCAUCAAUCUGUAUCUGGGCAUAGAUACAAGUGACAUUGAAGACCCUGUUAUUGGUGCAAAUACAAUCACGAAGGUCAUUACAGGAGGAACAUACAGCUAUUGGCCUGCUGAAACCAACAUGUUGCCAGCCAAAUCUCUCACAACAAAGUAUGCUAUACUGCACAAACUAGCCAUGACAAACUGGAUGCCAAAUAAACACCGAGGAGGUUUAAACUUUCUUAUGGCCACCCUGAUCUACAAGAUAGGCAAAGGGUUCAAACCAGAACCAAAUGAACCUAUGGAGGCACCACAAGUCAGAACAAUCGAUGCCAGACUCAAACAAGGAAGUCAUGUGCUUGACAUCUUUCCAGAACAUGCAAGCAACUCAGCCCCAGCUCUGAACCUUGAUGCACCAUUUACCAGCAAACUCACAGCCCAGCACCUUGACAAAAGCAUCAGAGAUCUUAACACGAUCAUACAGAUACUUGUUGAAAAGAGAACAAUUGAGAUGCAGUUACGUGAACAAUUGAGAUUGAGAGAUCAAGAGAUGACUGCUGCUGUCACUGAAACACCCACUGAUACAUCUACUGCACAUGAAGCUGAUUCUAUCGCACCUGAAGUUGAUUCCACCGCAAACAGUCAGGAGGAUGUAUCCUCAGAAUCUGAAUGA